AUGGACUACGAGGCGCUCAAAGAGCAAUGGAGCGAGGUGGAAGAGCGUGAUGGUGUGCGCUUAAGUUGGAACGUUUUCCCCAGCUCGCGUAUGGAAGCUUCGAGGCUCGUGGUUCCCAUUGGAGCUCUCUACACGCCUUUGAAAGAGAAGCCCGACACGCCUCUGCUCCAAUUUGAGCCAGUGACUUGCAAGCAACCUUGCCGCUCUGUUCUGAAUCCUUUCUGCCAAGUUGAUGUCCGGGCCAGAGUUUGGAUAUGUCCCUUCUGCCUCUCGAGAAACCAGUUGCCUCCGCAUUAUAAAGACAUCACUGCCAACGCAAUUCCGCCGGAAUUGCACCCAGCCAAUACUACCAUUGAGUAUCGCUUGUCGCGGCCAGCUCCCGCUCCGCCCAUUUUUCUAUACGUGGUCGACCUUUGCCAGGAAGAAGAUGGCUUAACCUCAUUGAAGGAGUCUCUUGUCAUGAGCUUGAGCCUUUUGCCUGAAAAUGCCCUUGUUGGCCUCAUCACGUUUGGCACCAUGGCUCAGGUACAUGAAAUUGGAUAUGAAGGCUGCGCUAAGUCUUAUGUUUUCCGAGGUAGUAAGGAUUACAGUGCAAAGCAGGUUCAGGAAAUGUUGGGACUGUCCUCUUCUGGGAUUCGUCCUGGUAGUCACGCCCAGCCUGGACGCCCUGCGCCAAUGGGCCCUGCCUCGAGGUUCCUUCUUCCAGUUCAGCAGGCUGAAUUCUCGCUCACCAAGGCUCUGGAAUCCCUCCAGAAAGACCCUUGGCCUACUGCCAAUGACCGGCGAAGUCUUAGAUGCACAGGUGUGGCCUUGAGCGUUGCCAUAGGCCUAAUGGAAUCUUCAUUCCAAAAUGCUGGCGGCCGCAUAAUGCUGUUUGCUGGUGGACCUGCAACCGAGGGGCCCGGAAUGGUGGUAGGGCCUGAGCUUCGCGAACCCAUCAGAUCACAUCACGAUAUUGAUCGUGAUAAUGUGAAAUACUACAAGAAGGCCUUAAAGUUUUACGAUAACCUGGCGAAGCGUACGGCCCACAAUGGCCACAUUAUUGACAUAUUUGCAGGCUGUCUCGACCAGGUUGGCCUACUAGAAAUGAAGGGCCUGUGCAACUCUACAGGCGGCCAUAUGAUUCUCACGGACAGUUUCACAUCAUCGAUGUUCAAGCAAUCAUUUGUUCGUAUCUUCGAAAAGGACGGGGAUGACAAUCUUUUGAUGGGCUUCAAUGCAGUCCUGGAAGUGCUUACUACGAAGGAGUUGAAAGUUACUGGCCUGAUUGGGCAUGCUGUGUCACUAAACAAGAAGUCCGUGUCGGUCGGUGAAACGGAAUGUGGCAUUGGCAACACAUGUUCGUGGAAGAUGUGCGGGAUCGAUCCACAGGCGAGCUACGGCAUAUAUUUUGAAGUUGCAAGCCAAGGCCCAGCGACUCACCAACAAACCCCACAGAAAGGCAUGAUGCAAUUCUUAACUUACUACCAGCAUUCUUCUGGACAGUUUCAUCUUCGUGUCACCACUGUUGCACGGAACUUAAGCGGCCCUGCUGGAGAUCCCGCAAUUGCUCAGUCAUUUGACCAAGAAGCCGCUGCCGUACUCAUGUCUCGAAUUGCGGUCUUUAAGUCAGAAGUUGAUGAUGGGCCAGACGUGCUCCGAUGGGUAGACAGAAUGCUCAUUCGGCUUUGUUCGAGGUUUGCUGAUUAUCGGAAGGAUGACCCUUCGUCUUUUAGACUGGAGAAGAACUUCACUCUGUAUCCACAGUUUAUGUUUCACCUCCGAAGGAGCCAGUUCUUGCAAGUCUUCAACAAUUCCCCGGAUGAGACUGCGUUUGACCGACAUGUCUUGAACCACGAAGAUGUGGGCAACUCUCUCAUCAUGAUCCAGCCGACACUGGACUCAUAUACUUUUGACCAGGAAGGUGGACAGCCUGUUUUACUUGACUCUGCCUCAAUCCAGCCGACGCAUAUCCUGCUUUUAGACACAUUUUUCCAUAUCCUCAUCUUUCAUGGAGAGACCGUCGCGGAGUGGCGAAAAGCGGGCUACCAGGAUCAAGAAGGCUACGAAAACUUUGCUGCACUGUUAGAGCAACCAAAGGAAGAUGCCAGGGACCUGAUCACUGAUCGGUUUCCAUUGCCUCGGUUCGUUGUGUGCGAUGCGGGUGGUUCUCAGGCGCGAUUCCUGUUGUCCAAGUUGAACCCUUCGACAACUCACACAACGGGUCCGUAUGGGGGCGGCGGGACCGCUUCGGCUCAAACUAUCUUCACUGACGAUGUAUCCUUGCAGACGUUUAUGGAUCACCUUAUGAAGCUUGCGGUUAGUGGUACCAGUUAA